CAAAACUUCGACAAGUCAAGAAUGCUGGAGUCUAUGCAGCAACAGAAUGUUGACAAGAUGAUACAACUGGAAGCUCUCGCAGCGGAGAACGCUUCUUUGAACUCUGCAUAUCAAGGGAUAGUGAGCAAGUACGACCUGAUAGUGAAGGAUCACGAGAAGCUGCUGCAAGACUUCGUCGCAACCAAGAAAUCUCUGACAAGUGAGAUCUCGAUGCUGCUGGCCUACAACGAGGAGAUGAAGAAGAAGCUGGAGCCUUACAGGGAUCACAUGCGUGACAUCCAUCCCCAGCUGAGGAGCGGCCGCUUCUUCUCCAUCCUCAGCCUCAUCCCCGGCACCGUCGCCGCCGACUGCGGCAUGAUGCAUGCGGGCGACAUCGUCUUCAAGGUCGACGGGGUCGAACAGGACGAAGUGGAGCUGGACACUCUGCUGCAGGCGCUGGAGGGAGCGGAAGGAUCAGAGGAAAACAGCUGUUCCCCUGCUGCUGCUGCUGCUGACGCUGACGCAGGUCACGCUGGAGAUGGGAAGGCGAACCAACGGAGAGGAAAUGCGAUAUCGCAUCACACUGGCUCGUGGGACUUGACGGCGAUAUGGGGGAGGGAAGUUGGAAGGAAGGGCAUAUACGAUGACAAGAACUUAAAGGAUUCGUUUGUGAGAAAACCAACGACAUGCCUGCGAGACAGCAGAUGGCGCAUGAGGUAA